CCAUACCCACUUCGUAUCACCGCCUAUAAAAAAAGUGCGUGCGUCUAUCUUUAAUCUGCGACAGAGCCUCGCGCUCCACAAGCAAAAAGCUUUUUGAACUGGAGAAGAGAUAGAGAGUGGGAAACGACGUCGUUGCAUAGCGCAAUGAACGCGGCGGGUUCGCGGACGAUACUGAUAACGGGGGUGAGCAAAGGGCUAGGGAGGGCCUUAGCGGUGGAAUUGUCAAAGAGAGGGCACACGGUGAUCGGGUGCUCUCGAGCUCAGGAUAAGCUCAAUGCCCUCCAAUUAGAGCUUUCCAAUUCCGACCCAAAUGGUUCCUCCUCUUCCUCCUCCUCUGACAGACAUUUGUUCCUCAACGCCGACGUGAGGUCGAAUAGUAGCGUGGAAGAGCUGGCUCGUCUUGUAGUGGAAAAGAAAGGCGUUCCUGAUAUCAUAGUGAACAAUGCAGGAACAAUAAAUAGAAAUAACAAGAUUUGGGAGGUUCCUGUUGAAGAGUUUGACACUGUUAUUGAUACAAAUGUAAAAGGAUUAGCAAAUGUAUUGCGUCACUUCAUCCCAUUGAUGCUUACAAACAAGCAAGGAAUUAUAGUCAAUAUGUCUUCUGGGUGGGGAAGAUCAGGUGCAGCACUGGUUGCACCUUAUUGUGCCUCAAAAUGGGCUGUUGAGGGUUUGUCAAAAUCAGUGGCAAAGGAGUUACCCGAAGGUAUGGCGGUUGUUGCACUCAAUCCUGGUGUGAUAAACACUGACAUGCUUGCAUCAUGCUUUGGCAAUUCAGCUGCGCUGUACCAGACACCUGAAGCAUGGGCAUUUAAGGCAGCAACGAUGAUUUUAAAUCUAACUACGGCAGACAAUGGUGCAUCUCUCACUGUUUGAUGAAAAUAUUUUUUUUGACAUAGUGGAAUUCGUUUAUGCAAAUACCAUUUAUGAGAAGCGCUCCACAAGUCUAACCAUUUUUUCCCCCUCCUAUUGUUAGUUUGAAGUACUGUAAAUUCUUCUAGUUAAUCUGUUCUAUAUUUUACUAGAAAAUUUUGUUGUUAGGUCAAUGUAAUCUUGAUAGAGUAUGGAAUGAUUUGCAGUCUGGUUUAGGCUGUAAAAUUUAUUACUGAAAACCUUAUAAAGGGAUAUUGUGAAUUUGUGUUCUA